AUGUUAGCGCAAGCCAAAGCAGAGGUCCAUCAGCUUGGGUUUACACUGGUUGCUUAUAUGCAAGGAACCCCGCGUUCAACUUUCACGCCUCAUCACUCUCCCUCGGCGCUUGAUCGUGAACGAAUCAUGGACCUCGAAUCAACAGUCAGAAUCACCGCAGAGUGCCUCUGCAAAAGACACUCAUUCGGCACAGAAAUACCCCAAUCGAGACUUCCCCUGGAGGGCAAUGUCUGCCACUGUCAUUCUUGUCGCCAUUCCACGGGCGCGCUGUAUGUGCUUCAAUCGACGUGGCCGCAGCCGCGUGCCGAUGUCAACACCAGCGGCCUCCACAAAUACCAGUUUUCUGCAAACAUUGCCAAUCUAUUCUGCGUGACAUGCUCGACGCCCAUGUUCUCCGAGUUGGCCUGGGAUCCGGGCAAUCUCGGUGUCUUCAGCGGCCCACUGAAGAAUAUCGAGGUCGCCCCGAUCAAACUCACCAACCACAUAUAUGUCGAGGAUACUGUCGACGGCGGAGCGUCGGUAGAGCGUCGCUGGCCAGGGGUCUCAAAUUUGGCAGAACCCAGGGGCGAGCCGGUGCAAGAGUCUGUAGGUAUUUCUUGCCAUUGCAAGGGCGUCAACCUGGUUCUUCAUCACGGAGACUAUGCCGGCAGGGAAAGAGAGGAAUUGCCGUGGUACAUCGACCCAAGGAACAACAAAAGACUUGCUAGUUUCGACGCCUGCGACUCGUGCCGCCUUCACUUUGGAAACGAUAUUGUCCACUGGACAUUUACAAACUUGGCCGACAUAUCCCAGGCGAAUGGGGGUCCGUUCCCUCGGACAAUGACGGAGCUCAAGACGGCCGUGGACGCGGGUGACGCGGCAGUUGGAACGCUGGCCUGCUACCAGUCAUCGCCGGAUGCGGACCGGUAUUUCUGCAGAGUUUGCGCCGCGGCCGUUUUUUACGCUUCCGGGGAUAGGCCUGAGAUUGUGGACGUGGCGGUUGGCCUUCUCGAGGCGCUGGACGGGGCUAGGGCCGAGAGAUUCCUGUCUUGGACAUUGGGGGAGACUCCGGUUUGGAUGGACGAUACGAAGGGCGGUUGGCGAGAAGCGUUGAUGAAGAGAGUGCAGAGUGAUGCCGAGGAGUUUAGACUUGGCAGGGGUUAUGAGAAGAGUUGGAGAAGGCUUGCGAAGGAGGGCAAAUCGAAAUUGUCAUUCUAA